AUGCGGAGUUCACCACAUCGUCCUCGACGAAAUCAUCGGGGAGGACCAGCUCUCUAUAACAUGUUUCAAGAGUUCUAGUAAGUAAUGAUUAUAAAUUUAUCUGAUUCUUAUGUGAAAUAUAUUUAAUUUAAAAUUUUCAGCCCCUUCAAUUUCGACAUGACUGUUGCCCCACCAGAUCGUCUGGUCCACCUCGACUUUAAAGAGAAAAUGAGCGCCGAAGAAGGCUUGGACCCACUUCUUCAAUUGGUGGAGCUUCGUCGUCCAAUUUUGCAGGAUUCGGUGAAUCCUCUUCCUUUGCUUUUUUCGUUUAUUCGAUUGUUACUUUACAACAUAAAUGAUUGA